AGCCUCACCAAUGAUGCAGAUAUCUGGCUCUGACUGCUUCAAUUUUAGACACUCCAACUUCAGUACAGACACUCUUUGCCCAUUGUAAGGCACAGUGUAGUGACUAGCAAAAUUCAUCGGAAAUACAAAAGCAAAUUCCUCUUCAUGAACUUCUAGAGAACUACAUUAGGAUACAUAGUUCAUCAAGGACAGAAGAUUACCUCCUCAGAGAGGAAAUGAAAGUCAAGAAUCCAUGGCACAGAGCACAGAUCGUCUGCAUCGCUGUUGUUAUCGCAGUGGCAAUCAUCAUAAUGGUGGCUAUUGCAGUAGUACAAAACAAACCUCUACAUCAGAAAUACAAGUAUGGGAUAGUGCUUGAUGCAGGGUCUUCUCACACAUCUGUUUAUAUCUAUGAGUGGCCAGCUGAGAAAGAGAACAACACUGGCAUGGUUCAUCAGAAACAUUCAUGCAAUGUAAAAGGCAGAGGGAUCUCCAGUUACUCAGAGACUCCACAAAAGGCUGGCCAGUCACUGAAGGACUGUAUGGAUGAGGCCAAGAAGAUCAUACCUACACACAGACACCGUGAAACUCCUGUAUACCUGGGAGCCACAGCAGGCAUGAGACUACUCAAGAUGGAAAAUAAUGCUGCCUCCAACAAGGUGUUGGCGUCUGUGGAGAAGUUUCUUCAGACUUACCCAUUUUCCUAUCAGGGAUCUCGUAUUAUCACUGGUCAAGAGGAGGGAGCUUUUGGCUGGAUCACUGUCAACUACCUGAGUGAUAACUUCAGAAAGACUUCAUGGACUGUGGGAGCUCUUGACCUAGGUGGAGCCUCCACUCAGAUCACCUUCGUGGCUGGGCAUGAACUGGAGUCUACAGACAACUCUAUUGACUUCCGGCUCUAUGGCAAUGAUUAUCAUCUUUACACACACAGUUUUCUUUGUUAUGGAAAGGACCAAGCACUAAAGCUUUCAUUGGAAAAGCAAAUACAGCCAAAGCUUGAUAUGACAGAUAACAUAAUUCUGGAGGACCCUUGUUUCCAUCCAGGCUAUAAUGCCACUAAGAGCUUUCAGAAUGUCUUUGACACCCCAUGUGUCAAGAAGGUUGACAGUUCCCAGAGACCACAGAAUCUCACCCAUAUAGGCCUUGGGAAUUGGAAUAAAUGCCAUGAAACAAUCAAGAAGGUCUUUAAUACCACUUACUGUCAUUAUUCAGGUUGUUCCUUUAAUGACAUCUUCCAGCCCCCCGUGGAAGGAAGAUUUGUGGCAUUUUCUGCUUACUUCUUUGUGAUGGACUUUUUAAAUCUGACCACUGCCAGCUUAGAUGAUGCGAAAAAUAAACUAAAAAUUUACUGCACCAAGCCCUGGAACACUCUAAAGCAACAACACCCUGAAGUGAAGGAGAAGUAUCUUGCAGAAUAUUGCUUCUCAGGUACCUACAUCGUGGCCUUGCUGGAAGAGGGAUACGGUUUCACUUCUGACACCUGGAAAAACAUUGAGUUCAUCAAGAAGAUUGGAAACAGUGAAGCUGGCUGGACACUGGGUUACAUGCUGAACCUGACAAACAUGAUCCCUGCUGAAGCUCCAGACACUCCUCUCCUACCUUAUGGGGGCUAUGUCAUGCUCAUGUUUGUCCUCUCUCUUCUGAUUUUUGUCUUUUCAAUACUUGGUUACAUAUUCUUCCGCCGACCAUCUGGCCCAGCCCAUAAAGAAAUCAUUUAGACUUUAACAGGCACUGACAUUCUACUGUUUGUCCUUAUGGAACAAAUAUUUCUGAAGAAUGAAACCUAUGGGACUAAAAACCACUUUUUUAAAGCUCUUUUCAAGAGUUUUGAGCUCUGCAAUUUAAUUACAGGUUAGUAUAAGACAAUAGAGACUUUAUACCUCAUUUGAAGGAGACAAAGGCUGAAAUCAAGGAUUUGAAAAAAUGUUGAAUUGGAAGACAUGAUGUGUAUUCAUGUUUCUGAUUUCUGGUCUUUAAAGGUUGAUUAAAAAAAUCUCAGGAGUAAAGCUCAAACUGAAAUUGCAGAAGGCUGUAGGUUUGUUUUAAAAGAAAAUGUGCACUGAUGUAUGUCUAUUUUGUGCCUUCAACCUUUAUGAAAAACCCAUAUUAGUCCUUGCACAUACAAAAAUAUUUUAUUCAAAAUGCAAUAUAACUGCCUGACAGGAAAAAGCAGGUGUCACAAUGGAGCCCUAUAGCAAUAUUAUGGCCAAAUAUAAUGCACUUGAAUCUGUGUAGUUAUAGUAUUAAUUCAUUGUUAUUUUUCUGCAAGCACACUGUGUUUCUUUUACUGCAAGAUAAGACACGUUGUCAGACCUGUUUCAUUUUUUGUCUGGUUUAUCAAAAUAUAUAGUGUUUAUACUGUAUAUUAAAUAUAAUGAUGAUAGAUGUUUAAAAUAAUAGACUGUUCAAUCAAAAUGAGACACAUUCACUUAAAAACACUAUGUACUGCCUAAUGCUAUGUUAUUCAUGUGAAAUGUACACUACAAACCAAAAGUAUGGAAGCAAGCUAGUGCUUUCUGAAGGUUCAGAUUUGUUUUACAAUUAGAUAACAACCAGUAAACAACAAACUGAAUAUUUAUUGAGAUCUAGUUUAACCAAAGAUUUUUCAUAUAAAAUUGCUUUGGUCUGCAGUGAUAAAGUUUCAUUCUAAGGUGUUUAUUGACAAUAGUUCACCAGUUCCUAAUAAUUUACAAAUGUAACAUGAUUCAACUAAUCACUAGCUGUCAAAUACAAAAAAAAAAAAUGCUUCCAAACAUUUGGCAUAUAGUGUGCAUGUAGCUUAGUGUGUACAUGCGGCAUAUAGUGUGUAAUAGAUUACAGAUGGGUGACAAAAUAUAACGUGGAUAUAUACUGUAUAUAAACAUAUACUGGAGGGAUGAACACUAUUGAACAAUAUUACCUCAAUAAGUGUUUUGAUAAUGGUGGUGGAGAAUGCAGUUGAACACAUCAGUCUAGUAACUGUGAAGGCCAUAGCAUAUUACUUACAUUAUUUUCAUACUCAUCUGGCCAUUCAGUGAGCCCUCAUUUACCUUGUGUGUGUGUGUGUGUGUGUGUGUGUGUGUGUGUGUGUGUGUGUGUGUGUGUGUGUGUGUGUGUGUGUGUGUGCGCGCGCAUCUGUGUGUGCACACACGUUAUAUAUAAAGAAGCCAAGCUUCAUACAUUAUUAAGUUCUUUAUUUUUAGCUAUUCAGCAUGUCAAAGUGAUAAACAGCUGUCAUGCCUUACAAAGGUUUACAGUGAGCCACAAUUCCACAGGAAUAUAAUAAAUAUACAUUGCCACUGUUAUUGAAAUAGAGAAAUAUGAAUUACUGAUUUCAUGAUGGGCGUCCAUGGGUAUCAUGUUUAUUAGGAUUAGAUAAAAGCUAUAAAAUGCCACUAUAUAGAUAACCAAUUUGUGCAUAUAUAUUUUUCUUUAUGAGAGCAUUAUUGUGAAGGCUGUGGCAAUGCACUGAAAUCGAAGAUUAGUACUCUGUAUAUCCAUAUAUGCUUUCAGUCCAUAAAUUGCAAUUAAAAGGUAUUAUAUUGUAGUAGGCUUUAUCUUGGUUAAGAAUGAAUAGGAUAUUCAUUAAGGUCGCCAUAUACUAGGCUGUAUUAAAUAUAGCAGUCCAAUAUAAAACAAAUGCAGCAUAAAUCAUUUUCAUCCAGAACUCUGAAUUAUGCAAGAUGCUACAUUACACAGUCUUGUGCUUUGAUGCAGUGAAUAAAAGAUGGAGUCAGCGUUCAUCUCA